AGCUAAUAUGACAUGUUCAAAAAAAUAUAGGGAGUACUAGCUUUGGCUUCACCACUGUUCAUGUUCAUGUCCUUAAGAGGUGUGAUAUUGUAGCAGGAUUCGGUGAAGAAAAAUAACUGCCUUCACCGGCUCUUCAUUUUGGGUUGAUGGGGAUUGAGGGUGGAGCCAGAGCUCCUACAGUACCAAUGUGCCCUGUGAAGGCUGUUGUGUGAACACCAGACUAAAGGAUCCCACGUGCCUUGACCCUGCCAUUAGGAUUUGUCAUUGAAUUUAUUGCUUGACGUGAUACUGUACCACACUGGUUCCGGGUGGUGUCUUGGUUCAUCCACUCAGAGCCGAUCCAUUUAUUGCUCGUGUGGACAAGAACAUGAGAACCUUCAGCAUCUAGCAAUGGCGCUCCGAACAAGAAAUCAAUCAAGUUUCCUGAAAGCCUUCUUUCUUCUGUUGCUCUGCAUAUCCACAUCCCGUGGUACAGAGCAAGAAGCAGGCUCGCUUCUCCGGUGGAAAUCUACGUUGUUGCCGGCCAAUGGCGGGGACGAGCCAUCAUCCCCUCUGCUCUCAUGGCUGGCUACCAAGCCGAUGUGCUCCUGGCGCGGCAUCAUGUGUGACGCUACAGGCCGUGUCACCGAGCUGAGCCUUCCCGGCACUGGCCUCCAUGGCACGCUCAGUGCCCUAGACUUGGCUGCAUUCCCGGCACUCACCAAGCUUGACCUCCACAACAACAACAUCAGUGGCAGCAUCCCAGCAAACAUCUCCAGCCUGACGUACCUUGACAUGUCGCAGAACAGCUUGUCCGGGGAGAUACCAGACACCCUACCAUCGAUGAAGCAAAGGAUGAGGUACCUCAACCUGUCCGCCAAUGGAUUGUACGGUUCGAUACCACGGUCACUCUCCAACAUGCGUGGCAUGUGGGUGUUUGAUGUUUCAAGAAACAAGCUCACUGGGGCCAUUCCUCCGGAUCUGUUCAUGAAUUGGCCAGAGAUCACAUCGUUCUACGCACAGAACAAUUCCCUCACUGGAAGCAUCCCUCCAGAGGUCAGCAACGCAUCCAAACUACAGACCUUGUUUCUCCACCGCAACAACUUAUAUGGUAAAAUCACAGUAGAGAUUGGAAGAGUAGCUAGUUUGCGGCGCCUCAUGUUGUCAUCAAAUUCCCUCACUGGACCGAUUCCGCAUUCAGUUGGAAACCUAACAAGUCUUGUGCUUCUGGGAAUCUUCUGCAACAACCUCAUUGGGAAAAUACCGCUAGAAAUCGCCAAUUUGACGGCACUGGAGUCCCUUGAUCUUGACACAAAUCAGCUAGAGGGUGAGGUGCCCCAAGCCCUCUCGGCGCUCCAGAAUCUCCAAUUUCUCGAUGUCAGCAACAAUAAGUUAUCUGGUGUAAUACCAUACCUCAACACCAGGAAGUUGCUUGCCAUCAGCUUAGCAAACAAUAGCUUCACUGGAGUAUUUCCUAUCGUGCUUUGUCAACAGUUGUAUCUUCAAAUCUUGGACCUAUCAAACAACAAGUUAUAUGGCAAACUUCCCCGCUGCUUGUGGAACGUGCAGGAUCUACUGUUCAUGGAUUUGUCAAGCAAUGCCUUCUCUGGGAAUGUCCAAAUGUCAAAGAACUUCAGCUUGUCACUAGAAUCAGUGCACCUAGCAAAUAACAGACUCAGUGGAGGAUUCCCACAUGUCCUUAAGCGAUGCAGAAGGCUACUGAUUCUGGAUCUUGGUGAGAACAAUUUUUCUGAUACAAUUCCUUCAUGGAUAGGAUUUAGCAAUCCCUUGCUAAGGGUGCUCAUAUUACGGUCAAACAUGCUCCAUGGGAGUAUUCCUUGGCAGCUAUCACAGCUCUCUUUUCUUCAGCUGCUUGAUCUAUCAGGCAACAGUUUUAUGGGUUCCAUCCCUAGAAAUUUCUCCAAUCUAAUAUCUAUGAUGCAACCAAAACCAGAGUUCAACGUACCUCUGGAAAUCAGCUACCAGAUUCUACAUCAUCUUGUCUUAUAUAUAUACACUGAGAGGAUCAACAUAAACUGGAAGAGGCAAUAUCAUACUUUUGAAGGAACCAUUGCACUUAUGACAGGUAUUGAUUUGUCAAGCAACUAUCUCUCUGGUGACAUUCCUCCUGAGUUGACAAAGCUUGUGGGUCUCAGGUUCCUAAACCUGUCAAGAAAUUGUCUAUCUGGCGUUAUUCCUGAAGACAUUGGUAACUUGGUGGUUUUGGAGACCCUUGACUUAUCUUUAAAUGAACUUUCUGGCUCUAUUCCUUCAAGCAUCUCAGAAUUGAUGUCCCUUAAUUCGCUAAACCUUUCCAACAACCAUCUGUCAGGUGAGGUACCAACAGGUUCUCAACUCCAAACACUUGUGGACCCAUCAAUUUACAGCAACAACUUUGGGCUCUGUGGUUUCCCACUCGACAUAGCAUGUUCAGAUGGUUCAAACUCUACAGCAGCACUGUUUGGGCACAGCCAUUCCCAGGAGAUUGAAGCCCUAAUCUUGUAUUACUUUGUAUUAGCUGGGCUGACAUUUGGAUUCUGGUUAUGGACUGGACCACUGCUUCUCUUCGAGUCUUGGAGGGUUACCAUGUUCCGCUGUGUUGACCAUAUACAAGAUAGGGCUGCAAAAUGGAUAUUUGCCAUCUAAUCUCCAUUUGAUGUGGUACAGAAUUGUAAAAUAAAGUCCCAUUUGGAGUGGGUGUGUUGAUUUGGCUGGAAUGUUUCAGAUCCAAAUCAAAUUCGAAUAACAAACUUUCCGAUGAACUUUCUCUACUAUUCUAUUUUUUUCUACUAUUCUUCUUCUUUUGCAAUGGAUAUUUGCCUAACAAUAUAUUUUUCCGUAUUUUAUUUUUUCUCUACUAUUCCUCUUCUUUUGCAACACUAAUUACGGUUCAAACUCUGAUCAUGUUAAUCUGACAUUAAGGGUGUGCUUGACAGGGAUUGGGCUACUCUAAUAAACGUUCCUAGAGAGAAACUGGUUUUUUAGCUUCUGUGUUCUAAGAAAAUCCGAUGAAUGUUUCUGGUCAUAAAUAAAAUUUCAGAAUCGUUUGUGCAGUGUUUCUACUGUUUCUCUAAAAAGUUAGUUUCCGCAUAUGGACUCAGUUUUUUUUUUUUGAGAAAUAUUUUUGGAGAAUCCCUACCAAACACACCCAAGCUCUGGUGAAGCAGUAGUCUCGAUUUACCUGGCCAGCACCAGCAUUUUAAAUUUGGAAACAACACAUCAGUGGCCCCUAAACUCAUUCACUAAUAUCGUUAAGCUCCCUAAACUAUCAAUUUGAAUAUUUGUUGGUUCAUCCGAGGUCCAGAUCUCUAAUCACGGUUCGUUAGGCUAUUCAGUGUACCAAGCAACUGUGCAUCGAAAGUUCUGCCAGUUAAACUUUACCGGAGGAAAUUAAAUGCAGCAGCAAGACAAUUCCCUGAUGGGAAGUUGGAGAUUGAGGCCAUGUUUAGUUCCUGAGAAAUUUUGUAACUUUUUUUUUUUAGAUUUCUCAUCACAGUUUGCCUGUAAUUUGCGAGAUG